AUGAUCGGCUCGGGACCAGAUUCCGCCGCAGGUCUGGGCUCACCACCCGGCCCGCUGGGCCCUCAGCGCCUUCUGGAUGGCGCCUCCCUCGCUCCGUGCGCACCCCCGGGACCGGAGCGCACACCCCGGGACCAGAGCACACCCCUGGGGCCGGUGCGCACCGCAAAGAAGAGCGCACCGGAGGGGCCCUCUGAACGAGCUGUGGUGGGUUCAUUUGUAGGGAUCUGCACUGAUUCCAAGGCAGCAGUGAUACGGAACCGCCAGAAGCUCUUUAGGAGGAAGGGAUUUCUCCGAGGACAGAGCGUGAUGAACCACACGACGGUGUCUGUCUUUGUCCUCCGGGGCUUCUCGGAUGUCCCUGAGCUGCAGCUCCUCGGCGUGGCUGUCUUCCUCCUCAUUUACGUGGCCGCAGUGCUGGGAAACGCCUCCAUCGUGGCUGCUGUGACCCUGGACCGCCGCCUGCACACGCCCAUGUAUUUCUUCCUCAAACAUCUCUCCCUGGUGGACAUCUGCUCCUUGUCCACCACUCUGCCCCGAGCACUGCUGUCCACUUGGGUGGGGUCGCAGGAAAUCUCCCUCCCAGCCUGUGUAUGUCAGCUCUUCGCCUUCAUCUGCCUGGGAUCCACGGAGUGCUUCCUCCUCACCGCCAUGGCUUACGACCGCUGCCUGGCCAUCUACAGGCCCCUGGAGUACGGGGCAGUCAUGAGCCCCGAGACCUGUGCCUCGCUGGUGGCGGUGGCCUGGGCCAGUGGCCUCCUCUUCGCCACCUUCCACGCAGCCAACACCUUCUCCCUGCCCUUCUGUGGCCCCAACGUGAUCGAGCACUUCUUCUGCGACAUCGGUGCGCUCGUGCGCCUGGCCUGCGCGGACACCGUGGUCCACGAGGACGCGGGCUUCGCGGUGAGCGGCUGCAUCCUCAUGAGCUGCCUCGCCCUCACCGUCCUCUCGUACGUGCGCAUCUCGGCCACCAUCGUGCAGAUGCGCUCCAGCCGCUGGAAGGCCUUCUCCACGUGCUCGUCCCACCUGGCCACGGUGCUGCUGUUCUACGGCACCGGCAGCUCGGCCUACCUGCGGCCCACUGCCCGCUACUCCCCGCUGCAAGGCCGCCUGGCUGCCGUCUUCUACUCCGUCCUCACCCCCAGCCUGAACCCGCUCAUUUACAGCCUGAGGAGCAAGGACGUGAAGGCGGCCCUGCAGAAGCUCUACUUCCACAUGCCAUCGUAG